AUGGGUCGCGGCAAGAGGAGAAACGCUAACAAGCAGGGUCGCCACAGCGGUCCCCGGUCCGAGAGCUGGAAGUCCUACGCCCAGGUCGAGAAGAAGCACGAGAAGCUGCAGGCCUACUACGAUGGCCUGCUCCAGCUGCCCGAGGAGGAGAGGGAACAGUUCUGGGACGCCCUGAAGAGGGAACUGCCCAACAGCUUCCGCUUUGCCGGCUCCAAGGGGUAA